AGUUUAUCUAAUCCAGAUGCGCUUUUAGAAAAAAUGAUCAAAUAUAAACCAACAGGUGGUACCAGUUUUGACAACGGAAUUAAGAAAGCUGCUGAAAUAAUUGAUCCUUCCAAAUCAUAUUUGUAUCUUUAUACGAUUAAGUUUGCUGGCACGACUGGUAUAGCUAAUACGACCAGUAUAGUUGGUGGAUUUUUUGGCUUAUUUGGUGGAAAUUCUCAUGGCCAAGGUAGAAAUACUAAUUACUCUCAUGACCAAGGGUCAUUGCAAGAAAUGGCAAAUAUUGCCAAAGAAUAUCUUCCAAAAUCAUCAAACAACAAAGAUUCGCUGAAAUGUGAAUAUGUUCGUGUAAUUGAUCGGAUUGAUCUUAUUGGCCAUUUUUAUGAGGUAGCAGAAAGUAUUCGAAAUUAUAAACCAACGUUAAUCAAUGUUAAUAAGAAAUAA